AGUAAGUUUGUAGAGUACUAAAGUAAUGGGUGUUGCCUUUCGUAGCAAUUAAUGCUUAGACGAAGAAAGUAUAAAAAUGCUACCAAACAAUUGCAUAAAUCUAAUUUUAAUACUCUUCAGUUUAUCCUGUCGUUUUAUAUAUGGACAAAACCUCAACAAUACUGUUACAUGGUGUACAAUAUCUGAUGCUGAACAGGAUAAGUGCAAAGCAUUUUCAAGAGCAGUUGAUCGCGAAAUAACAUAUUUUGGGCGUAGUUACAUUUCUGUGCAAUGCAAACAAGCAUUUAAUAAAGAAGGAUGCAUGGCUAUGUUGGAUCAAGAAAAAGCAGAUAUAACCACUUUAGAUGCUGGUGAAAUUUUCAUGGCAGGACGCUAUCAUAGUUUAAUCCCAUUAAUGCAGGAAAUAUAUGAAAGUGGUGUCAAUUAUCAAUAUGCGGUAGCAGUUAUUAAAAAAGGAUCUUUACCAGAUGUCCAGAGUUUACGUGAUUUGAGGGGUAAAAAGGCUUGUUUUGCUGGCCUUGGGAUGCUUGCUGGUUGGGUUAUUCCAAUUUAUACACUUAUGAAAGAAGGUGGAUUAGAAAUUAUAGAUUGUAAUAAUCAUGUUAAAUCUACCAUCAAAUAUUUUGGGCCCAGUUGUGCUGUAAAUUCAUUGAUAGAUAAAUAUAAUCCAUUAGGUGAUAACUCUGAUCAAUUAUGUAAAUUGUGUAUUGGAAAGAUACCUGGAGAGAGGUGUACAACUUCAGAUCCUUAUGCAGGAUAUGAGGGAGCAUUUAGAUGUUUGGUAGAAGCAGGAGAAAUUGCUUUCUUAGUAGACACGACUGUGGAUGAGAUGACAUCAACAACAUUUGACUUUAAUUCUGUAAAGAAGGAGCAAUUUGAAUUACUUUGUCGAGAUGGUACUCGUAAACCGAUUAGUGAAUACAAAUAUUGUAAUUGGGGUAUAGUUCCAUCACGCGCUAUAGUUACAUCGUCUGCUACAAAAAUCGAAACCCGUCGAUUAUAUCAGCGAUUUUUAAAGACAGCAGUUCAGGUACUACGCAGACAUAACGCAAAAAAUUCGACCGAAUUUUAUGACAAUCGUUUCGAAAAUCGGCCAGAUUUUAAUAAUAGAUUUAACAACACUGAAUAUGUUAAUCCAAAUGAAUAUAGCACAGAUAACUUUGAAAAUCGUAACGGGAAUGAAAGAAGCUAUAAUGGAAAUGAUUUGAAUACAUGGGAUAACACAGAAUCAACAAACAUACAACCAAUAGAGACUUUCAAUUUAUUUGAAUCUGCACCUAAAUAUGGAAUGCAUCAUAAUUUGAUUUUUUCUGAUACAGCCAGAGAUUUCAUGGAAUUAAGUGAAAAAGAACAAGUGUAUACUGGUUAUUUAGGUAGAUCCCUUGAUGUAAUAUUAGAAAUGCGACGUUGUCCCGUCAGUAAAAUGACCCUAUGUAUUACGUCUGAUCCAGAAAUGGAAAAAUGUAUAAAAAUGAAGAUAGCAUUAAAGGCGCAAUUGUUGAAGCCAGAAUUAAAUUGUCACAAAGGUUACAGUCAAAUUCAUUGCAUGCAGGCUAUACAAAGUGGAAUUGCUGAUGUGGCAGUAUUAGACACCAGCGACGUAUAUACUGCUGGUUUACGCUUUGAUUUGAUUCCAUUUAUAUCUGAAGUUUACAAUUUACCUACGCCAGAAUAUUAUGUGGUUGCAGUGGCAAAAGAGGAGGAUGACAACACAGAUUUAACUUAUCUAAAAAAUAAGAACACUUGUCAUACAGGAAUCAAUACAGCGGCAGGUUGGGUGUAUCCGUUAGCAUAUCUUAUUUCAAAUACAUGGAUCAGGGGUUAUGGUUGUGAUUCAGUUCACGCUGCUGCGGAAUAUUUUAGUAAAUCUUGCAUUCCGGGCGCGCUUAGUACCGAAUACAAUACAGGAGUGCCAUAUGACAAUAUGUGUGAUCUGUGCCAUGGUGCCAGCUUCCAGUACUGUCGUAGAGAUGCAUCUGAAGAUUAUUAUGGGUAUACUGGUGCCUUUAGAUGUUUAGUCGAGGGGGGCGGAGAUGUAGCUUUUGUGAAGCACACAACAGUCGCAGAAAAUACAGACGGAAAACGACGAGAAACGUGGGCACGUAAUACUUUCACUAAAGAUUUUGAAUUGCUUUGCCCAGACGGCACUCGUCGACCAACAACCGAUUACAUACAUUGCAAUUUAGGAAAAGUGGCAGCGAAUGCAAUAGUUACACGUGGUGGAUAUUAUGGAUAUAACGAGACACAAAUAAACGCUUACAUAAACUUGUUUAUUUACGCCCAACAAUUUUAUGGCAGAAAAGAACAGGACGAAUUUAGUUUUAGUAUGUUUUACAGUCAGCCGCCUUAUAGCGAUUUGAUUUUCCAGGACGCUACACAGCAGUUAGUAGUAAUACCACCAGAAAAAAGAGAGUUUAGUGCGUAUUUAGGCCCAGACUUUAUGAGAGCUAGAAGAAUUGUAGAUUGUAAUGCCGGUGCAUCAGCUAUAGAGCAUUCGAUAAUAGCUACGAUAGCUAUGAUUAUAUUUGCUUACAUACUUAGUAGGUAAAUAAGGUAAAUUUUUUUAACAGAUGAAUAUAUGUACAUUCGAUAAAAAAAACUUUUAGAAAAUACAUCUAGCUAUAUUUACUAGUUUUUUAAUCUUUGUAUGAGAUGUGUUCACAAAAUUAAUCAUAUUUUUCGUAUUUUACAUACCAAUUCAGAGUUAAACGAAUGAAUGUGGUAAUGUAACACAUAGUUACGUAACGUAUAGUUCUCGACUAAAGAUUAUUGUAUAAUCCGUCCAUUUCUCGACAUUUUAGAUAAGUAUAAAAUGAUAUUUAACUGCUAUUUAACUAUAUUUGCAGUAUAACUAUACGUGUACCUUACGCCGUCCAUUAAUAUUUUUGUACGCAUUGAAUAAAGUUGUUUUAUAGUA